UUGCGAAAAAAAUAGGAAAAUAUGCAAAAUUUUGGGGAAACCAUUGAAGCAACAACACUCGCCCCAGCAUGUUAUCAAGGAAGAGACACUUAUAACGAAUCAUUUUGGGGUUCUGAAAUGUGGAAUGCAAACACUCCAGUCAGUGAAGAUUGUCUUUACAUGAAUAUUUGGGCACCAGCUGAGGCUAGUAAUCUGACAGUUUUGGUUUGGUUUUUUGGUGGAGGUUUUUGGUAUGGAAGUCCAUCUUUGCUUCUUUAUGAUGGAAAAGCUUUGGCAUUAACUGCAAAUGCUAUUGUUGUUAAUAUAAAUUAUAGACUGGGUGCUUUUGGUUAUUUGUAUUUGGGAGAUUCUGAAGUUCCUGGAAAUAUGGGAAUGCUAGAUCAGCAACUUGCACUUUAUUGGAUUAGAGAGAAUAUUGAAGCUUUUGGUGGAAAUCCAAAAUCAGUAACUAUUUUUGGAGAAAGUGCCGGUGCUUCUAGUAUUGUUGCUCAUUUAAUUGCACCAGGAUCGCGUGGACUCUUUCACAAUGGAAUUCUUCAAUCAGGCAUUCGAUUAAUAAAUUUAUUUAUUUAA